AUGACUCAAAUGCACAAUACCGUGUUCUACAAGGAGGCAUUGGAUCAAAAACAAAAAAAUACCUGUCAAUCGAUGGAGGAUCUGGAACCGAACUAUAUCGAUAACCUGCACAUCAUAUUCUUUGAGCAGAUAUUCGAGGAGAUCGAAAACCUUAGUGAUCAGGUUAGGAUGGCCAGGGCCUAUCCACAGUUCAUGCCCCAGAUCCUCAAGUUCUGGCAAAGAAGACUGCAUCUUGUAGUGGGACCGAAUACCCCAUUCCUGGGACUCCUGGACAUCGAGGACUAUGUCUUCUUCAUGGAACACAUGGCCGGUAGCUUCACGGAUCUGCAUGUCCAUGAUGGCGUUGGCCCCUUUUCGGAGUUCUACGAUUAUAUCACACAUCUGUGCGACAUCAACAUCACAAGGUUUCCCAAGGUGGACACUUGCAUAUUGGCGGGAAACCCAAAUACAGUGGUCGAUGAGGACAUCAGGGAUCUCACAGUGAUGUUGCCUAAUCUCAAGCGCCUGAUGACCUGCAUGAACCUAUCUGCCUUGUAUAUGCGUGGAUUCAGGAAGCUGGAGGAGCUGAUCUUCAACUCAUUGUACCACUCGGUGCCACUGGAUAGUCGUUGGAUGCAGGAGAUAUGCCUGAAUAUGACACAACUGAGGGUCCUCGAUAUUACCGAUCAGUUUGACAGUUGCGUUAGGUUAACAGAGAUUAAAUUACCUAAUCUGGAAGUGCUGAAAAUCAACCUAAGCACCGUGGAGGGAAUGUUAUCGGAGGUUCUUCAGCUGCCAAAAUUGCAGAAACUAUCCGUGAGAUUCGAUGACUCACGGCAACUGAAUGCCGAUCAGGAGACCAUCUUCCAGCAGAUUGUGGUGGCCAAGAGUGAUAGGAUCACAAGGAUUGCCCUGAACAACGAGGUGGUGCAAUUGCCAGCCCGUUGGCAACACAGUCUGGUCCUGGAACUACCCAAGCUCAGGAAGGUGAUCUGCGAGAACUGGUGCCACAAUGACUUCUUUCUGGAUCGCCAGCACAUGCCCUGCCAUCAAAUGGAGGUGAUCAGCUUCAGUGGCUGGGAGAUUGUGAGGGAGAAUCAGCUCAUGGAAAUGGUGACCGAGUGUGUGAAUCUCGAGCACUUGGCUUUGAAUGGCUACCACAGCAACUGGGAGAAGCUCAACAAGCUGGUGAACAUUCGCAAUCAGGAGAGGAACCCAAGACCACUCCAGGUUUUCAGCGACAUGAUGUGGGGCAACUUUACACCCGAGGAAUAUUAUCACUGGCAGUGCAACAAGUAUGUUCAAGUCACCUGCGACAGCAGUGAAUACGAGUACCAGGAGGACGGCUUCGAGUUCGAUUUUGAGUAAAGAACUGGUAAAA